CCUCAUGGAAAGUGCACAAGUACAUUCAGUUCAAUUGCACAACCUUCUAAGAAUUCGCUUAAAGUGCUUGUAACAAGGUCCAAAAAGACUAAAUCACUUCCAUUUAAAUCUGGUUUUCCACUGAAGGAGUGUACAGUCUUGUGUGCUAAAUUAAAACUUUAAUGACAGGAGUAAUUAACAUGAUGAAUACAGCAACAAAUCUUAAUACUUCGUUUUUUAUUAACCAGAAUUCUUUAUUAUAUUUGUACUUUUUUAAUGGUGACGGACGACUCAAGGAAUAAGAAUCUUAUCUGAUGCUCCAGCUGUUUUUUAUCAUUCAAUUUCCUGACAUAAAUUUUGUACUAUGCUUUGUCGAAUUUCUGUAUUUUCAAUACUUUUUAAUUUUUUUCUUUAAAAAUGGUUUGGUGUGUUAAAAGUGCUCAGGUCUUCAAGGAAUUGCAAUAUCUUCCUAAUUUGCUUAUAAAAUGAUUUUGUUUAUUUUCUUGAAAUUUCGUUGCAUUCCUAUUUUUUGUAUCCUAUUUUUACAUUUCCAGCUAGUUUUUUAAAUGUUUAUUUAAUCACAAUUUAACAUGCUUCGGUCACAAAGAAUAUUUCAAAAGGUGCUUGAUGUCGCACAAAGAGGAAAGAAUAUUUAUCGCCAUUCAUCUGGGGCAACUACAAAAUUGUUCAUUGAUGGAAAAUUCAUUGAAUCGAAAACUGAUAGAUGGAUUGAUCUAGCUAACCCAGCAACCAAUGAAAUAAUCACUCGAGUUCCUGAAUCCACUCAAGAAGAGAUGGAGGCAGCAACUGCUGCUGCAGUCCGUACUUUUCCUGCUUGGUCUGAAUUAUCUGUGAUGUCAAGACAACAAAUUAUGUUCAAGUACCAGCAACUAAUAAAAGAAAACCAGGGAGAAAUUGCGAAAUUGAUUACUCUGGAACAAGGGAAAACACUAGCAGAUGCAGAGGGAGAUGUUCUUCGUGGAUUACAGGUUGUUGAACAUUGCUGCAGCAUUACAUCUCUUGCUCUUGGUGAAACUCUGCCAUCAGUGGCAAAAGAUAUGGACACAAUGACCUACAGAUAUCCAUUAGGUGUUUGUGCUGGUAUUACACCAUUCAACUUUCCUGCCAUGAUUCCUUUGUGGAUGUACCCGAUGGCCAUGGUGUGUGGAAAUACAUAUGUUCUUAAGCCUUCUGAAAGAGAUCCAGGAGCAGCAAUGUUUCUUGCUAAGCUUGCACAAGAUGCCGGAUUCCCUGAUGGAACUCUUAAUAUCAUACAUGGGGCUAGAGAUGCUGUCAAUUUUGUAUGUGAUCAUCCGGCAAUAAAAGCAAUAUCAUUCGUUGGAUCGAAUCAAGCAGGAGAAUAUAUUCAUGAACGAGGAUCGAAGAAUGGAAAACGAGUUCAAUCAAAUAUGGGAGCCAAGAAUCAUGGCGUAAUUUUACCUGAUGCAAACAAGGAAAAUACUCUGAAUCAACUUGUAGGAGCUGCAUUUGGAGCAGCGGGUCAAAGAUGUAUGGCACUUUCUACGGCAGUUUUUGUUGGAGAGUCCAAAGAAUGGAUUAAAGAUUUAGAAGAAAGAGCAAAGAAAUUAAAAGUAAAUGCAGGUGACCAACCAGGAGCAGAUCUAGGACCAGUUAUUUCACCAGAAGCUAAGAAAAGGAUAAAUGAACUUGUUCAGUCUGGUGUGGAUGAGGGAGCUACACUUUUGCUUGAUGGAAGAGACAUCAAAGUCAAAGGUUACGAAAAUGGAAAUUUUGUUGGCCCAACUAUUAUUACUGGUGUAAAGCCUGACAUGACCUGCUACAAAGAGGAAAUAUUUGGGCCUGUCCUUGUGAUACUUGAAGCAGACAGUCUUGAUGAUGCUGUCAGCCUUAUUAAUAAUAAUCCAUACGGGAACGGAACAGCUAUCUUCACCUCAAGUGGGGCAACAGCAAGAAAAUUUAUCAAUGAGAUAGAUGUUGGGCAAGUAGGCGUCAAUGUUCCAAUCCCAGUUCCUCUACCAAUGUUUUCAUUCACUGGUUCAAGAGCUUCAUUCCGUGGUGAUGUCAACUUUUAUGGAAAGCAGGGCAUUCAGUUCUACACACAGUUGAAGACCGUCACACAGUUGUGGCGCGAAGAAGAUGUCACACAUUCAAAGGCAGCAGUCGCCAUGCCAGUGAUGAGAUAAAUGUAUAUGUGUUGGUAGUCGUGCCUUAUGUGGUGUACUUUUAAAAGACGCAUUUUAUAAAUAGAUGUUUUGUGAAUUAUAGAAAUUUAGUGCACUGACAUGGUGGACUGUAGGCCAUGUGUGACUAUUCUUUUUAAUCAUGUCAAAUGUCUACACAAUCCUCUUGAUAAAUUGAUGUAAAGAUAUACUGCUUGCCUCAUAAAUUUUCAUAUUAUUGCAAUGACCAUUUGAUAAUGUAAUUUUAGGGCCAAUGCUUUUCUUUUCAAAUCAAAAUAUACAUGUUUACCUAAAGUGUA